AUGGCUACCCCAUGUCCUACACUACAGACUGAUACUGGCGAGACCAAACGGGAAAGAUCCAACAUCCUGGAGUCAUCGUCGGUCUCCAUCGAGAACUUAUCACACCAGACACCCGGCCCCGUCACACCCACCACUGCCAAACCAAUCCGCGCUACCAUAGGAACAACAGGAGGACUGGAGUCCGUGAUGGAGCGGAGGGUCACACUGGAGAACAGGCACGGCUUUCCUAUCGUGGAGGACGACAUCUUCUGGUCCAGGGAACUAGAGAACGCCCUUCCCAAAGGGUUCAGUGAGGUCGAAGCUGACGCCUGGAUGGACAGGACGCGGAAGUCUCGAGUCACGUCCAUCCACAGGGCGACCUGGCGCACGUGCGGACAGGGCAAGAACAAACACGUGCGUCUGGCGGACGGGACCGCGGCCUGCGCGCGGUACAGGCACCCGUUCAUACUGCAGGUCCAGGGCGAGCUGUACUCGUACUACCUGGGCCGUCUGCUGGGCAUAGAUCACGUACCACCUGUUGUCCUGGCGGUUGUGAACGGUACUGCACCGCUGUGGUCACCUGUUGCACCCCUUCUGUCCCACAUGCAGUGGGAACAGGGCGUGCUGGUGGCGCUCAUCCGCUGGAUAGACUAUUUGAAGAGAGGGAAGAUGCCUGUUACGCUACUGGAGGGGGAAGUGUCAGGACAGGACCGCCGCCUGCUGGCCAUGGGAGAACUGCAGCUCCUGGAGCUGAUGCAGUGGAGCGACCUGAUCAUCCUGGAUUACAUCACUGCCAACUCAGACAGAGUGGCGUCAAACCAGGACGCAGCCGACCUCAACAACGACCCGGUCCAGAUGAGGAACUACAUCCACAACCUGCAGAAGUCCCAACGCGUUGGCGCUAUCUGGCUGAUCGACAAUGAAAGCGGACUUAUUGACGGAUAUAUGUUACUUCAGGACAAGAGAAACGGUGACAGGUUCACCCGCUUCCACAGAUUUAUGUUGGAGCGGAUGUGUUUGUUCCGGAGAUCGACCGUGAAGCGAGUGGAGGAGUUACACAGUCUCGGUACCGGAGCCGCGGAGUUCCUUCUGCGGACCGUGGCUCACCACGAGCCGCUAACCGGGCUGCUGCCCCCCGUACCGUCCAAGAUUCACCUGGACAGGACCCUGGCGGACAGGAUAGCUCACGUGUACAACAGGAUACGGCACUGCAUGCUCGCUAACAUGUCACCGAUGUACUAAAAUGUGGACAUACAUGUAGUAAAUUUUAGUAAUUACAGAUUAUCGAUAAACCAUUAAGCCUGGUUACCACCCGGAUAGUAGUUCACUCGGACAUUUAUUAUACACUAUAUACAGUCGCUUCUCGCUCCGACGUUUAUAUACACUAUAUACAUGUAUAUACACAGUCACUUCUCUUCUAUUCUAGUAGGUAGCAGAAGCAAACAUAGAAGCGAACGACUACCCGGAUGGUACCCAAGCUAUGGAUCACUGAAAACGGUGUAUUUUUUCUCGUGGUUUAGAACUUUGAUGUGUCUUUGAUUUGCUAAUUUUAUUCUAAUUUAUCUGUAAAGGAAACAUAAACAAACCAAGACAACCAAUCAAGCAUUAUUUGACAUACACAAAGAGUGACAAAUAGAUAGAUAGAUGAAAAAUCCCCUUGCAUUUUGUGAAUCAAACAUCAAAUGGGCCACAGCGCAAGUAUUGACUCGAAGAAAUCGUUGUACAACGUUAGGCCAAGCUGAUUCUAUUAUAUUGAUGACAUCCUCUGGGAACCCCAAAACUGAUGCAUAAGCAUAUAUAGCACAUACAUAAGCAUAUAUAGCACGUACAUAAGCAUAUAUAGCACAUACAUAAGCAUAUAUAGCACAUACAUAAGCAUAUAUAGCACGUACCUUUAGAUUUGCUCAUUUUGCAGCCGUUCUGUACGAUUUACAGUAAGGUCAAAACCCUUUUUUGUGGAAAUGGGCAAAAACCGACGCGCACACGAAUGUCAUCCAUAUAGACUAGUCAACAUAGAUAAGUUGUGUAGGUAUGGAGUCGGGCCUCGACAUCCACCAGAGGGACUAACUUAGAACUAGACCACCACAUAAGAGGUAUACUUGGCCGUAAACAGUGAUGUAUAGUACUUGUUGCAUGUUGCAUGAUGAAAUCAACAAUAUCCGGUCCAUACGUCCACUUUCCCUGCUAUGCCUUGUGGGGUUUUGUGUCGUUUUCCACGAUGCAGACUGGCUGUUAACGCUAAAGUUGUCUCCCAACAUUGAACUGGAGACAUCUCCAUCAACGUACCAUCGUAAAGUAGCGGCAAACAUACAUCAAGCUGUCUUCUAUUAUCCUGUGCGAAAACGCAGUUUGUCCAUAAAAUUACGAUCGCAGCUUGGGUAGGUUUUAGCCGUGCGCGGAUUGUUGAUGGUCGGCGGUUCAGCACCAAGGACAGUGGAACAUUUAA